AUGGAUGAUGUCGGUGUUGUCGGAGUCGGAGUCGUCAGUCGUCGCAAGGAUGUGCCCAGAGAGCAGGAAGGAUGGAAGGUGGGCUCUGGUGGACUUGUGCGAGAAGUGGCCGCCCACUGCCGUCGUGACUCGCUCGAGAGGAGCCGCCCCCGUCCCGUGGUUCCAGAAUGGAAGGAAGCUAGUGUAAAGUGGGGCUCUCUUUGUUUCGCUUCCCGUCCGUGA